AUGCGUGCGAGUGUUGAUCACGUGACACGUAGCUCUGCGCUGAUUGGCUGUGGAAGUUCGACUCUGCCUUUUGUUUAGAUAAAUUGGUUAGAGCGUAGUUACUUCCUCCUGUGAAGGGUUUCACUUCUCAUCCCGAAACACCGCAGCAAUGUGGAUGUAUAUCUUAGCUUUGGUGAUCCUGUACUAUGUGGUGCGCUGGUUCCGUGAGCUGGAGAGAGUUCCAGACCGAGGGAGUAAGUAUGUUUACAUCACUGGCUGCGACUCCGGCUUUGGGAAACUGCUAGCAUGUCAUCUGGACAAGUGCGGAUUCUGCGUGGUGGCAGCAUGUUUUACAGAAAAAGGUGAAGAGGAGCUGAAAAAGUCCUGCUCAAGCCGAAUGUCAACCGUCCACCUGGAUGUCAGAAAGCCGGAAAGCAUUGACAAGGCCGCAGCCUCUAUCAAGGAGCUAGUGGGGCAGAAAGGUCUGUGGGCCGUGGUUAAUAACGCAGGGGUCUCAGUUCCAUCAGCUCCCACUGACUGGUUGACCCUGGAAGACUACCGGUCUAUGCUGUCUGUCAACCUGGAUGGAGUCAUCGGCGUGACCCUGAGUGUUCUUCCUCUCAUUAAGAAAGCCAGAGGACGUGUGGUUAACGUGGCCAGUGUGUUUGGCAGGAUCAGUCCAGUUUCAGGACCCUAUUGUGUGUCUAAAUAUGGUGUGGAAUCAUUUAAUGACACCCUCAGGCUGUCUAUGUACCCAUUUGGAGUAAAGGUCCUGUGUAUUGAGCCAGGUUUCUUUAAGACCACUGUGACGGACACCGACAUGAUACUCAGAAACAUUAAAAUGAUCUGGGAACGAUUACCGAAAGAGACCAAAGAUGACUAUGGCCUCGACUACCUAAGCAAUGUGGAAAAAAUGCUGGAACAGAAGUUCUCCAAGAUGCCAGACAGUGACUUGAUGAAGGUUGUGAACUGUAUGGAGCAUGCCGUCUCAGCCGUGCGCCCUCGUACCCGUUACUCCCCUGGCUGGGAUGCAAAAUUUUUCUGGCUACCACUUUCUUAUGCUCCCACUUGUAUUUCUGACUACUUGCUACUUAAAGACACGGUCAAGCCUGCCAAAGCAGUGAAUUAGACUAAGGCUGUCAAGUACAGUAAAGUCCAAUAUUUGGACAGUUUUGUUCUCUAGCAAGGAUGGAAAAAUCAAAAUCUAUUUGUUAGUUUCUGUCAUUAGCUGGGGUAGAGUAGAUUUAACAAGCAGAAAAAAUAAACAUAUGUUCUAAUAAAUCUAAUUCCUUCAUCCGAUUGAUGUUUUUCUUGAUGUGUUUGACUAGCUAACUAGCUCGAGUUAAUGUUACAUUUUAGCCUAGCCUGGUUUGUUUAUGAUUUGAUUAUGAUCUCAUUUAUCUAGUCCUGCCUGCAUUUCCACUAUUUCAGGGCACUUAAUGAAACACAUUAUAUAACCCAUCACAAAUUAAUAUAAUCCUUUGUAAACUUCCAAGUGUUUGAUAUCCUCCCUGAUAUAAUCUACUUUGGGCUCUGAAAACGUGUUUUCUGGAAUUUAAGAUGGAAAAUAAAAAAUAUGCAUGUGUACAUUUCUGUAAUCAUCAUUUGUUUGGUAUCAAUAAAAACAAGGACUUAGUCAUGUGA